GGUCCAGAGUACACGUGGACGCCGAAGUAAACACGGCCCGAUGAUGGAGAGAGGACGGAGCGGCCAGCAGAAGAAGGUGGCCAGCAGAGUGCGGCCCUCCAGCAUGGUGUGCAGCCUGGCCAAGAGCUGGCAGUGCUGGGUGGCCGAGAACGAGAAGAAGCGGGACAGCGAGCCCUCAGGGUGGUCCCCGUGUUCCACCGAGCAGGAGGGGAGUGGUGGCACGGGCAGAAGGAGCUGGGCAGGCAGGCACACCGACACAGCACAGGCUGGCGAGCCCAGCGAGUCGAGGAUCAGGAGCGGGCAGGUGACGAAAAGUGUGACGAGUCGGGUGCAGGACAAAGGCAGGGACAUCCAGCUGCUGACAAAGAAAUAUGAGGAGGACCAAAGCGACCCUCGGCCCUCGCCGCUCGGGAACACGACGCCCACCCGGAGGAGGAAGUGCACCAACCUGGUGAGCCAGCUGACCCAGGGAUGGAAGGAGAUGGAGAAGGAGAACCAGCUGACCGCUGGCCACUCGGGGGGCACCAGGAGCAGCAGCGUGGACACGGAGGACAGCGGCUUUCUGGAAGGUGACGAGAAGAACCAGCAAGGACCGGAAAAGGAAGAGAAGCAGGAGCAGCAGCAGGUGGAGGAGGAGGCGCCAUGUCCCAGAAUUAAACGCCCGUCGGCGGUGGCGGUCAACCGGGAUGUGGAGGAAGCCAAGAAGAUCAGCCUCGUUACCAAGAAAUACAGCCCAGUGACCAACCUGAAAAGCAAGUGGCAAAACUGGGCCGAGGAGCACGUGGUGACUCAGAAACUGAACCCCUUCAGCGAGGAAUUCGACUACGAAAUGUCGAUGGCCACCCGCCUGCGUAAAGGUGACGAGGGCUACGGCAGGCCGAAGGAAGGCUCGAAAACGGCAGAGCGGGCCAGGAGGGCCGAGGCUCACAUCCACCGCGAGAUCAGCGACAUGUGCUUCAUCAUCAGGACCCUGGUGGACCCGGACCCCGACGGAAAGACCAGAGUCACGUUCGCGCAGCUUUUCGACAGAUACGUGAGAAUUUCAGAUAAGGUCGUCGGCAUCUUAAUGCGCGCCAGGAAACACGGCAAACUGCACUUUGAGGGGGAAAUGUUGUGGCAGGGCAGAGACGAUGACGUCAUAAUCACUCUUUUAGUCUGACGCUUUUUCACUGAAGACAUUUCUGACGGGGCGUCUCCGAUUUGCUGUCACCAACGUGAAACACGUACGCCGCAUUCCUCGCCAUACUUACCGCCCAGCUAAUUCUGUUUGGAUUUGAAAUAACGUUCUUUACUUGGCCUGUCAUCGUUCGUGUCUAAAUAGCCACAGAUGCCAAAGACCACAGCCAAUGUAAAACACCCGAGGCCUGGCUCAAAAGUGAAGAUGAGUGAGAUGAUGCCACUGCUCAGUCCACUAAUUUCAAUGCCUUGGGUACACACAAGCGAGGAGAGGAUCGGUGACAACAUUCAGAGUUCUCAUCUCGUCUUUCACCUUUUCACAUAACCCAAGUGACCAACACCUGUGAUGUUCUCUUCUUUGAUGAAUGAAAACAUCGCUAAUUCAUGGAAGAGCCAACUUUUGCGGAAUGGGAAGGCACCGCAUUAUAAUAUCAUCAUUAGACAUGCUGCCCAUUCAUACCACGCAAGGUCAUCAACAUUGGCUCGGAUGCACUGAGGUGGCAUCAGGAAUUCACCAAUCCGGCUCAUCGUCAUCAGCACAGAAAACGCUUUGUGGCUUCGGCUGUGAUGCACUACACCCGCAUGGUGGCCGUUCCUCCACGGCCUGGCCACACAAACACAUUUUCAAAUAAAAGCAGCAGAAGGGCGCAGG